UCCCGCUCACCGCCAUUUGCUCCUCGCCUCGCUCGAUUACGUUUCUCCGUUCUCCACUGAUGGAUUUCGGGGGCCGCUCCGCUUCCAACUCCUCCCAAUCCCCGCGAUUGCGGCCGAAGAUGGAACCACCAGGUGAACCUUCGCGCCUCUCGCCGCCAUCCCCUUCGGUUUCCCCCUUGCCCGACUCCGCCGCUGCAGCUCCUUCCGCCUUGCAGCCAGAUGGCGGAGGUGGCGGCGGGGAGGGAGUCCCCAGGCCGCUCGAAGCGCUUCAGUCUUCCCCCAUCCCGCCCUUCCUCUCCAAGACCUACGAGCUCGUUGAUGACCCCGCCCUCGACGCGGUCCUCUCGUGGGCCCCCGCCGGCCGGAGCUUCGUGGUGUGGGAUCCCGUGGAGUUCGCCCGUGUGGUCCUCCCCCGGCACUUCAAGCAUAACAACUUCUCGAGCUUCGUCCGCCAACUCAAUACUUAUGGUUUUCACAAGAUUGAUGCUGAUAGAUGGGAAUUUGCGAAUGAAGAUUUUUUACAAGGAAAUAGAGUUUUGUUGAAAAACAUUAACAGGCGCAGGUCAUCUCAGGUCCACCAAAUUGCCAUGCAAGUAAGCUUGUCAGCCGAACCGGAGAACUCUGGAUUGGAAGGUGAAAUCCACAUGCUUAAAAGUGAUAGGAGUGCUCUGAUGCAGGAGAUCAUGAGAUUGCAGCAGGAACACCUCAUAACAGUCAAACAGAUGGAUAUGCUCAAACUGCAGAUGCAAUCAGCAGAACAGAGGCAGAAGCAAAUGGUUUCUUUCUUGGCAAAGGUAAUUCGAAACCCAGUCUUCUUGGUUCAUCUUAGACAGCAGCAGGAGCAGAGUGGCAUUGCUUCUCCGAGGGUGAUAAGAAAGUUUCUUAAACAAAAACCAUCGAGCAACACUGAUGCAAUUGGAUCCAUCGACCAAGGUGCGAAGAAUAUGCUUGGUUUUGAAGUUGUUGCUGCUUCUACAUUGCAAGACCCUGAACAUGUUGUGAACAAAGAAAUUCCAGAUAUUUUGCCAGAUUUUGUUGAGAAACUCGGACUUCAUGCAAGUGGAGAAGAACUUAUUGAAGGCUUAGAUGAAGCUGAAGUUGAUGCAUUGGCCCCACUGUUUCUGGAUGCUGCCACUGUUUCAUCAAUGGCCAAGAAUCCUGAGAGCCAUCAGAGUCAGAUUCAACUUAGCAUCACUCCUGCUGAAUGUUUUUCAUCUUUCUCUCAGGGUGUUGAAACAGAGAGAACUUCUUUCAGUGCUACUGUCCCUCCAAGCGAGAGUAUGACGCAAGAUCUGGUUAGUCUUGUCUUAAGGGGAAAGAACACUGUUAGUUACACUUUGGAUGCCACCUACGGUGCGUCCGAGGAUCUCAUAUCAUUCCCUGAAGAUGCUUCCGAGGAGAAAAUGAGGGACAAAGGACCAGCGAGGGAUAUUACCAUCGACCAGGAAGAAGUAUGGGAAGCAGUCACUGAGGCUGGACAACAAUCUUUCGGUUGCGAAGGAAAUGUCUGGGAGGACUUUGUUCAUGAUCCCAGUGUGCUGGGUUUUGCUGCUGGACUUGAUGUGCCAUGGGAUCCUGUUUUGCAUGUUUUGGAUGGAAACUUGGAGUUUGAUAAGUGGGACAAUGCUGGCUUGUGUUUGCAGGAGUCUGGAGAUCAAUCUGCAUCCUUGAAGAAUGAUAAUCCUGAAAACAUGCAACAAUAGGAUUUCCUGCCCUUUGGGACCCUUGGAAGUCCCAUGCUACAUAUACUUAUCUUAGGACUCUAUUAACUCGAAGAUUGUAACGACUAAUUUCAACUGUCAUUGUUGAUGUUAUAGCAGCAAUCCUUGAUUCAUUCAUUUAUGUAAUUGAUUAUUUUGUGUUAGUAUUCUUUUUGUA